AUGGAGCAGAACGCGAGCUCCGCUGUGAGCUGGAGCUCAGACACCAGGGCAGCCGAGCUCGGGAACCUCAGUGACGGCGGCAGCAGCAGCAGCACCGCGGGAGGGAGCCAGCCCCCCGCCAGCCUGCGGCAGCACACCGAGGUGCAGAGCUACCGAGACUUCACAACCUGGGUGCAAGUCCUCAUCUUCAUCGGCUCGGUCCUGGGGAACCUGAUGGUAUUAUGGUCCACAUGCCGCACAUCAGUAUUCAAGUCUGUCACAAAUCGUUUCAUCAAAAACCUGGCCUGUGCUGGAAUCUGUGCAAGUGUCUUUUGUGUGCCUUUCGAUAUCAUCCUGAGUGCCAGUCCACACUGCUGCUGGUGGAUCUACACCCUGCUCUUCUGUAAAAUUAUCAAAUUCUUGCACAAAGUCUUCUGUUCUGUCACUGUUCUCAGCUUUACUGUCAUUGCAUUGGACAGGUAUUACUCUGUCUUGUAUCCUUUAGAAAGGAAGAUCUCGGAGACAAAAUCCCGGGAUUUGGUGAUCUACAUCUGGAUUCAUGCCAUUUUGGCAAGCAUUCCAGUUUUUGCAGUGACCAAUGUCUCAGACAUCUAUGCCAUGUCUACAUGCAGUAGUUCAUGGAGCUAUUCCUUUGGGCACUUGGCUUAUGUAAUUGUGUAUAACAUCACUACAGUGAUCCUGCCCAUUGCUGUGGUGUUCUUGUUUAUGAUUCUGAUCCGGAGAGCUCUCAGUGCCAGCCAGAAGAAGAAAGUAAUCAUUGCUGCAUUACGAACUCCGCAAAACACAAUUUCUAUUCCGUACGUUUCCCAGCGGGAAGCUGAACUGCAUGCCAUGCUUCUCUCGAUGGUGCUGAUCUUCAUUGUUUGCAGUGUUCCUUAUGUGGUUUUUGUGAUUUAUCGAACCAUUCUGAACAUCGCUGACAUCUCUGUCUUUUUGAUGCUGACCGCAGUCUGGCUGCCGAAGGUCUCCCUGCUGACUAACCCGUUACUCUUUCUGACGGUGAACAAAUCUGUUCGGAAAUGUUUAGUAGGCACUGUGGUUCAGCUCCAUCGCAGGUACAGUAGACGCAACAUUGUCAACUCUGGUGGCCUCACGGACGCUACUCUUGAACCUGGCGUCCGUUCAGGUAGUCAGUUGCUGGAAAUGUUCCACAUUGGACAGCGGCAGAUCUUCAAACCCUCUGAGGAGGAUGACGAAAACGAGAUUAAGUCACUUGGGUCGGCAGACUGCCGGCAGAAAGACAUAGCCACCUCUGUUGAACAGACUGUAGUGGAAAAAUUUACUGCACACACCAGUGACUCCCCUACAGCAGCUGGAGCGGCAGCUGCACCACCUCUAGAUUCAGAUGUAAUCUCCGACAAGUAUGCAUUGCAGUUCGGCUUUGGCCCAUUCGAGCUGCCCCCGCAAUGGCUUUCGGAGACACGGAACAGCAAGAAAAGACUGUUGCCUCCCUUGGGCAACACACCUGAGGAACUGAUUCAAACGGCUGAAAAGCCACCAAAGUUCAGAACCGAAUGGAAAAUAAGUCGAAAUAACAAAGUUAGCAUUUUUCCGAAAGUGGACACUUAG